AUGGCAAUUUAUUCCCUCUACAGGAUUUAUGAACGCAUUAUUGAUCCCCCAGAAAUGAAUUUGACACCUGAAAGCAAUUUAUGGCUUGGACAGAGAAACAGGAAACAUGGUUUCUUUAAGGGUGUUAUUCAAGAUGUGAAAGUCAUCUUUAUACCUAAUGGAUAUAUAACACAGUGUCCUAAUCUGAAUCGCACAUGCCCGACCUGCAGUGAUUUUCUAAGCCUAGUGCAAGGAAUCAUGGAUUUGCAAGAACUCCUGGCAAAAAUGACUGCAAAAUUAAAUUAUGCAGAAACAAGACUGAGUCAAUUGGAAGACUGUCAUUGUGAGAAGACUUGUCAAGUAAAUGGAUUGAUCUAUAGAGACAAAGACUCUUGGGUUGAAGAUGAUCACUGCAGGAAUUGCACAUGCAAAAGUGGAGCUGUGGAGUGUCGAAGGAUGUCCUGCCCUCCUCUUGAUUGUCCCCCUGAUGCUCUCCCAGUGCAUGUGGAAAGCCAGUGUUGCAAAGUAUGCAAGGCAAAGUGUAUCUAUGGAGGCAAAGUGCUCGCAGAAGGUCAACGAGUAUUAACCAAGAGCUGCAGGGAGUGUCGAAAUGGAGUUUUAGUAAAAGUGACAGAGGCUUGUCCACCAUUGAACUGCUCAGAAAAAGAUCACGUUCUUCCAGAGAAUGAAUGUUGCAGUGUUUGCAGAGGCCAUAACUUCUGUGCGGAAGGACACAAAUGUGGUGAAAACUCAGAGUGCAAAAACUGGAAUACAAAAGCUACUUGUGAAUGCAAGAAUGGUUAUCUCUCUGUCCAAGGGGAUUCUGCGUAUUGUGAAG